CAUGACUAAUUUUUUUUUAUUACUUUUCCCAGGCAUCUUGGAAAUCUUGACAAAAGCUUUACUCCCCACCUGAAAAAUCCUGCGUCCAAAAAAAUGGAUGGUGUGAAUGCCCCCCAACUACUAAUUGGAGGGGCACAAAGCUACACGGCACUGCACGUAGAUAACCUCAACUUGGCUAGUGUCAAUUUUUUGCACGACGGAAAAGCCAAAUACUGGAUCGUGUAAGUAUUUCUUAAAUUUCAAAUCAAGUAUCAUUCAAAAAAGUAAUCGAAUUUUUUUUAUCGAUUAUUUGUUCAGUAUUCCUGCCAAGUAUAGGCAGCGUUUAUUGCGGCUACUUAAAAAGUUAUUUCCGGAGGACUACAAAAAUUGUGACCUUUUUGAAUGGUAAGUAACGUUUUUUUUAAAUUAAUACUCUUGUCUAUAGUAAUUCAAUGAUUUUAACAAUUUUUUUUUUAUUUUGUAGCCAUAAGAGCUGUUUUGUGCUGCCACAAGUCCUUCGAGCGGCUGAACCACCCAUCCCCUUUGAUUGCAUUAAGCAGGAGGAGGGCCAUUAUGUCGUGACGCAUCCAGGUGCCUUCCACAUGGUGGUUAACAUGGGCUCAAAUUGCGCCAAGGCAAUUAAUGUCUGUAUACCCGAGUGGGAAAAAUUCGCCAAUUUGCCCGAAUGUUCAUGCGGUGCCCUGCCAGAGAUGCAAAAUGUUCGAAGAGCAUUCAAUUUGCCUGAUGUUUCACCUCCUAUUGAUGUAGUAGACGCAGAAUUCGGCAUCGCAAUUCAAGAGGCUGAUUCACUUAGAGUAACAUUUAGUCGUCAAAAUGAACGUCCUGUCGCUGUUGAAGAAAAGGCUUCCAACAACAAUCCCGUCCCUGAAAGCAGCCAUUCAGAAGAAGACUUGGCAAAGCCUAAAAGGGCUGCUAAGAGAAAAGUAGCGCGACUCGUCAGUUUAGAUGAUGAUAAUGCCGUUGACAUGCCUGCGACUGAAAAGUAAAAAAAAGACUCAACUUCAUCAAAAGCUAGCUCUGUUGCGUUGUUGGAUGGAUCGGUCCGCUCAUCAUCGUCGGAAUCGACAAGUCCAGUAGAGC